AUGUCUACCCUCGAAGACCUCGAUGAUCUUGAGCGCGAAGACCAGAACAAGAAGCAACAACAGGGCGACGGGGAUGGCAAGAAGCCCGACCGAGAUGGCGAUGCCGAUAUGAAAGAUGCGGAUGCAGACAAGAAGAAAGAUGAGGAGGAUGACAUAUUUGAUGAGGAGAUCCUUCGGUCAAGCACGGCAGACAUCAUCAAGCGGCGACGGAUGCUGGAAAACGAGCUCCGAAUCAUGAAGAGCGAGUUCCAGCGGUUGACGCACGAGCAGAACACGAUGAAGGAGAAGGUCAAGGAUAAUCAGGAGAAGAUCGAAAAUAACAGACAACUACCAUACCUCGUCGGUAACGUUGUUGAACUGUUAGAUCUUGACGUCGAGGCAGAGGCAGCUGAGGAAGGCGCCAACAUUGACCUCGACGCCACUCGCGUUGGGAAAUCUGCCGUUAUCAAGACCUCUACUCGACAGACCAUCUUCCUUCCCCUUAUCGGUCUGGUCGAUCACAAUAAACUCAAGCCAGGCGAUCUCAUCGGUGUGAAUAAGGACUCCUAUCUUAUUCUGGAUACCCUCCCUGCCGAAUAUGACAGUCGCGUGAAGGCGAUGGAAGUGGACGAGAAGCCGACGGAGAAGUACACCGAUGUUGGAGGCUUGAGUAAGCAGAUCGAAGAGCUUGUGGAGGCCGUAGUAUGGCCGAUGCAGGAAGCCGAGAAAUUUAAGAAGAUCGGUAUCAAAGCGCCAAAAGGCGCUUUGAUGUACGGCCCCCCUGGUACUGGCAAGACUCUUCUUGCUCGUGCCUGCGCUGCCCAGACAAAUGCAACCUUCCUCAAACUCGCCGGUCCGCAGCUCGUGCAGAUGUUUAUCGGUGAUGGAGCGAAACUGGUCCGGGACUGCUUUGCACUGGCCAAGGAGAAGGCGCCAUCCAUCAUCUUCAUUGACGAGUUAGAUGCCGUGGGCACGAAACGAUUCGACUCGGAGAAAUCGGGUGACCGUGAGGUCCAGCGGACCAUGUUGGAGCUUCUCAACCAGCUCGAUGGGUUCGCUUCGGACGACCGCGUCAAGGUGCUGGCGGCCACCAACCGUGUCGACGUCCUCGACCCGGCUCUGCUCCGUUCAGGCCGUCUGGAUCGCAAGAUCGAGUUCCCUCUCCCGAACGAGGAGGCCCGGGCCCAGAUCCUGCAGAUCCAUUCCCGCAAGAUGACCGUGGACGACAGCGUCAACUGGGCGGAAUUGGCGCGCAGCACGGACGAAUUCGGCGGUGCGAUGCUCAAGGCGGUCUGUGUCGAGGCCGGAAUGAUUGCCCUGCGGAAGGGCAUGAACAAGGUCGGACACGAGCACUACGUCGACGCCAUCGCCGAGGUGCAGGCCAAGAAGAAGGACACGAACAUGGGUAUCUACGUCUGA